UUAAGCUGGAGUUAAGACGCCCCUCAGAUUAAAAGUACACUACAUUGUACACUGUACAGUACGUAAAGUAUACGUACACAACGAACCGGUUAUUUGUACGAGCUACAGUCGAUAGAAAAGAUUAUUGUUACAGGUUAAAAAGGUUUAAUUCAAAAGUGAAAUUGUUUAAUUAUAAAACCAAAAAGAGAUUUAGAGAAGUUUACCAAUCUUUUUUUUUGGUAAGUUCUAGUUGUGGCAAGGUUUUUAAGUGAAAAUUAAAACUCGAAAAAAAAUGAAAGAUUUUGUCAAAUUUCUGCACAAAGAAACUGAAUUCUUGACACAAAAUGAUGUUUUCUAAUCAGAUAAAGAAAGCUAUGGGGAAGAGGAAGAGAAAAGAUGAAGAAGAUCUGAAAGAGAUAAGAAGCGAGAAAGAUGACAAAGUCGGUAAGAUCUCGAGAAAGAGCAGGACUAGAAUCGCCGUAAAAAAGGAAGUUAAGAAAUAUAGAGAGGUCCAUGAUGACAAGAAUAAAAGAAAAGAGACAGAUGAAAACCGGAAACUGAAGUUUGCUGGAAAGGAUCAACUGAAAAUAGAAAUAUAUCGGCAAAGUGUUAGAGAUGAGACACGGAGAAGAUCUAGGUCAAGGACGAGGAAGGAAACCGAGAGGUCGAGAUCAAAACCUCAAACCCUACAUUCUCAUUCGAAACAUUGUAUUGGAAUCAAUAUACAAAGUCUCUCCACCUGCAACAAGUGCUCCAGUAGCGUCAAGAUAUCCAGGGAUAAAUCUCCGUCCUUCAAAUUUAAAUCUAAACCCAGAACCAGAUCUUUACAAGGUAUAAAAGAGAUCAAGCCUGAAUCAACUGUAAAAAAAGAAUUAUUUUCUGAUUCAAAGGAAGUUGCAAAUAAGAUUAAGAAACCUGUUGAUCAAACGAAGAUUGAGAAAAAAGAUAAAUUCAAAACGGUUUAUAAUGGAAAACUUCCAAGCUGGAAGCAUAGUUGGUUCGGAGAGGUUAUACAUGUUGAAGAUAUUUCAAGAUGUGGACUUAUUAGACUUUCUCCUAUAAAUGGGUUCUCCGUGUACUGUCUAUUCUCUGCCCUAAACUUCUGGCCGAAAAUAUCAGCUGAGGAAACAUUCUCUAAGUGUGUUCUGGUCGGCCAUCAGUUUAAAGUGAAUAUCAAGCUGGUCAACUCAAACAACAAUAUUCCUUACAUGGCAACAAAUGUUUGGCCAGGUCAGGUCGAUGUUCCUCCGAAUAUUCAAGCAAAGCUUCAGACUCCUAUCCAAGCUACCUUACUCACUGUAUACGAUAUGUUUGCUCCAAGCUUAGUCCAUCUAGUUCCUAGCUCUAGUGUGAGUAAACCAACUUGUUUAGGUUGCACCGUCUUCUGCCCAUUCUCUACCUGUGGGAUAAUUCUUAACAAUGUUUUAAUGUUUUGGCAGCAUGUUGUUGAUGUUCAUCUCAGGGCAGAGGUCCUUGAGGAGAUGACCGCAAAGCAUAUUGAGAAUGAUCAUUAUCAUUGUCCGUUUACCAACUGCUCCUAUAUAUUUAACUUUGAGAGUUUAUCCAAUGAUGCACAGUCCGAGCUUGUUAUUGGACACCUCAAGGUUGAUCAUUUUGAUGUUUUUAGUUCUAAACUUGAAACCCGUUUCCCCAUCUUCUGCAAGGAAAAUUCCUCGUUUAUUCAAAGCUUCAGAAGAAUUGAAUCUGAUGCAUCCAUGUUGAGAAGUAGACAGGUGGGCAGUAUUGAGAGAAAUAAUUGUUAUCAAGUCCAAUCUAUUGGAUCUACGCAGUGGCUAGACAAGAAUUUAAACAAUAUCCAAACUGAGAAAGAUUAUUUCAGGGAGGUUUUCACAGGUAAGGAGGCAAUUAUUCUCCAAUAUCUCGAUGAAACCUCUGGAAUUAUGGAGAUUGGUAAAUGGAAGGCUCCUAUGCUGUUCAGCAUCAGUCAAAUCUGGCUUCACCACCCUGUCAUUGGUCUCCAUAGGUUCGAGGAACUCUAUUGCCAUAAAGAUCUGACGAAAAUGAUCCCUAUUGGAACCAAGGUUGUUUGCCGAGCUAGAGCUAUUAACACCCCUGGAAUUAAACUACAAGCUACAGCGGUCUGGAUGAGUCAAAAUGAUCCUCGGAACUAUCAAGAAGUGUACAGCAUUGAACAGCUCAAUCUACAGGUUGAAAAAUAUAUGUUUCAGGUGUUUCAGAUUACACCCUCCAAGGAAAGCUUGAUCUGUCAUCCUCUACUUCAUCCUGAUUUUAUUCAGGCUCCUCUCCAGGGUAUUGUACAGGAGCACAUAAAUUCCAAGUCUGGACUCAUAAAACUCUUCUCCGAGGAUUCUGUAGUUCUCUUCUGUCUACACCAGCUCAGGAUAAAGAAUGCAGGAUCUAAUGAUUUCACAAAUAUUGAGCUUUCUUCGGAUUCAGAUAAAAUAUUGAAAAACCUGGUUCCAAUAGGAUGUGUUGUUACCGUGUAUGUUAGACGAAUACCAGCACAUACCUAUUCCCAGCUAAGAUACCAGGCAGUGUUCCUGAUAAAGGGAAUAUUUAAUAAUUCCCCAAACCUCGAGGUCUACCUAGGACCAGAGCUAGGAUCAGUCGAGAAUAUUUAUCAUACAAUGUCAAAGCUCGAUGAUAGUCAUGAAGCGUUCAAGAAAUCUGCUUGUUUGUACCUAAACAGUUCUAGGGAGCUAUCUCUGGUAGCGGUCGCAUUGGAUUGCCUGCCAGAGAACUGGAAGGCCUCUGUAGUCCUGGGAUUAAACUCUGAGAUUGGAAUUAUUCAGAUAAAUAAAUCAGAUGGAUCAGAUAUAUCCAUCCCAGGUCAGGUUACAACAACCAGAUUUCUCUUCGCCAUUUUCCAUAUCAGCGACGUCAUCAUUUCUCCGCACUUUAAGGGACUCUUGAAACCAAUCAUUUCGUCAAUUAUUGGGACUGAGGUAGAUCUGAGAGCUAGAAAUAUUACUUUGUUUGAGCGACCCUCCGAGGUUUUAGUAGAGAUUCGGAAAAUUGCUCAGCACUCUGGUUCAGAUUCUAUUCUUACUCUGCAGGCAGUUCAAGUAUUUGUAAAACAUUCUGCAGAGGAGAAGAUUCCUAAGGAUGUAUCACGACCUACAGUGUUGAGAUCUUCUCCUGGCUCCUUCAACUCAAAUACAAAAACUCCAUUUUUCUGCAGUGAAACUCUUAGAUUCAACUUGAACCAAAAGGUUGGAGAUUUCUUGAAACUGGAGACUGAAAUCAGCGCUAGGAACGUGCUUGUAAGGAACUAUUACGAAAAUCUACUCACUAACCCUGUUAAUGGGACAACAGUAAGGUACGCUAAAGGAAGAGUUAUAAAGAUCCUCUCUGAGAACUAUGGUGUAGGAACGGUUUUCAAAGUAAAAGGAGAGAGAGGUCCCGAACAUGCUGAAGUACUGUUUGAUAUCUACGAUGUCUGGGUUGGUUCAACUGUUUGUGCAACGGCAGGGAUAUCCUUGAAAGAAUUACUAAAGCCCGGAGAUUAUAUAAAGUUUCUUUGUCUUCCUGUGGAGCGGGAACAAGUUAACUCACUGGAUUGGAAUGUUCGUUUUCUGGCAACAAGUAUGGUUUCCUCUCUUAACCUUGCAGACCUGGAGUAUGUAAUUCUUCCUUCCUCGGAGGUUCAUAAAAUCGAGGACGUUUGUCAAGAGAAGCUCCGAAAUUUCCACUCUGUUGUCAGGUAUAUAGAGAAGUCUGACAUGAGCCCUGCUGAGAAACUGAUCCUUCAAGAGGUUGAAUUUAAUUAUAAAUUGGGGAGAAUCUGCAAGCCGAUUGAACUUGAAUGUGAGAAGACGGUUGUUUGGAAGAAAGGCUACGUCCUAGCACUGGUUGAUGAUGAAUUUGGUAUUAUCAGAUUUGAGAAGAAGGUCGGAGCAUUUUACAAAACUUGUCAUGCGAUCUUCCACAGACAGAGUGUGUAUAGAAACAUUGACUACCCUGUUCCCCCAGAAAUGGCAGAGGGCAAGCUUAGACUCUUCCUGAAACCCGGAUAUCCGGUUCGAUUUAACGGAUUCAGAAUUAGAAGAGAUAAGAAUGAAAUUGUAGAUUUCUUUGCAAGCAGUGUUAACUUUGGAGCUCUAACCAACCGAGAACUCCAUGAUUGUAAGUUAUACAUGGAGCAGGAUAUUUUGAACCUAAACAUAGAUCCUAUCCUGAAAACCUGCAAGAGUUAUGUUGCCAGCGGGAUUCAAUGCUUGACAAAUUUCUUGUGUGUUGAUUCUGUAGGUGUAGACUAUCUCAAGUUGAUUAGGGUCGAGUUUCCUAAAUUUUUAACUCAGGUUGAGUCCUGUGUUAUAUACAAGGGAUCUGAUUUCCUGGUUUUCCAACUUGAUUUCGGCAGUGUUACUGUGAGUGCUAUACUUCUUUCCAACCCCAACCUUCCUGGAACCAAGGAUAUUAAACUCACAGAGUUUCCCGUCUCAACAUAUACCAGGAUAGAUGCAGUGCUGGUUCAUCCUUGUGGUGGUGUUCAAUAUUUGGUCACAAAAGUACUGCAGGAGGCAGAUACUGCUGUUUGUCUGUCAGGCGGUGCUGAUUUCUCAUUCAUUCAGGACAAGAACCUUACUCUUGCAUUGGAGCAGUUUCAUUCCAUCUUACCAUCAGUAUAUCAUCUACCCCAGAUCUUUAAUGGAGCUGAUAUUGAAUCCAUCCUACGACCUCUGUUUCCAAGAGAAUAUGCGAGGAAGGUUAUCUCUGAGUACUACUCCCAGCUUGAAUCCGAGAUCGUUUUCAUCAAGAAUCUUCUAAACCUCACUGAUCCGUCUCUUCAGGUUACUGCAAAAGUAAUCAAGCUGCUCCUCUUGUAUCUCGGAUAUAUAAGUCUAUGCAAGGACGGGUCUAAGUCUCUGCUAAACUUUAACGGAGUAACUAUUACGGACGAGUUUAGAGCAAAAUUCAGUUCUGCCAUUCUACCAAUCUCUUGUAUCCUACAGUACAGCAGUAUUGAGCUCUCCAACCAGUUUCCAGGUUCGGAGUCUCUACCGGAGGGAUGGAACACAGAGAAGGAUUUUAUUCUGCUCCGUGAAGCUGUUACUAAUUUCUUCAGCUGGAGAUCAAUUCUAUCCGACGAGACCUUUAUGUUGAGAGAAGAGAUUGCUGAAACCCAAAUCCGUCCUAGGCAGGAUAUUCUCUCCAGGUUCCUCUCAUACCUGAACAGGACACUCAUCUCACCCAGUAUCCAUAUAGUGGAGGAGGACUGUUCCCUGGAGUAGAGAGAUAGCAGGGGUGUCAAAAACCAAGAUUUCUCAAUUGUUGUCUGAUUCUUACAGGAAUCAAAAGAUCUCAAAAUUAUUUUAUAAUAAAAGUUAUGUAUUUAUAAUAUUUGUUAUAAAUUGUUUUGUCAGUAAAUAUAUUUUUU